AUGACUCACGAAUCCGUCUUCUACAGCCGCCCACGAACCUACGGCAAGGGCAGCCGUCAAUGUCGCGCUUGCGCUCACCAGGCUGGUAUCAUCCGAAAGUACGGUUUGAUGAUCUGCCGUCAGUGCUUCCGUGAGAAGGCCCAAGAUAUCGGUUUCAUCAAGAGAUGGGGGUGGAUGGACGUGGACGUGUACGGGCAUGGACGUGGGAAAGAAAUCUUCUUGACCGGACCAAACUGA